AUUGUACGACGGGCAUCGGAGCUCACUGAGAAACUCAGAGGAGACAACCGGCCGUCGAUAUCAAGUCAACAACCUCGCGAGGAGAUCUAGAAGCUGCGAGUCUUCAGGACGGAGCCGCUUCUCCUCUUUUCACAUCUCCCCUAUGGGGCGCGCAGAGAGACGCUUUUACAUGUCUUUUCUUUUGGCGCGUCUUCGAACUCUAGCAACGAAGGAAUUUUUACUCUUUCUAGACCAGAGGCAUGCAGCAUCCUCCGCUUAAAAACUAGAACGACCUCUGUGCCGGUGGAUAACCUCGUUCAAGUAGUGAAUUUGACCAGACGGUGGAUCUUAACAUCUUCCAUCCAGACGGCAAACCAAAGCACAACAUUCCCAUUCCUCCGUUUUAUUUAUUUUUUUUAACCAAGUGCAAGAUAACUAUAUUUAUAUAUUUCCAUUUUAUUUUGGAAGGGUUCCUGUAAGAGAUCUCUUAAAAAAAUGGCUGGUGGAAUGGAAGCAGCCGACAUAUCGGUGGUGGCACUGUAUUUCAUCCUGGUGCUAGCCAUCGGGUUUCUUGCUAUGUGGAAAGCCAAUCGCAGCACUGUGAGUGGCUACUUCCUGGCUGGACGCUCAAUGACAUGGAUAGUUAUAGGUGCCUCGCUGUUUGUUAGCAACAUUGGCAGUGAACAUUUCAUUGGCCUGGCCGGGUCAGGAGCCGCAAGUGGCUUUGCUGUGGGAGCGUGGGAAUUUAAUGCACUUCUUCUUCUGCAGCUGCUGGGCUGGGUGUUUAUCCCUGUGUAUAUCCACUCGGGAGUCUAUACCAUGCCAGAGUACUUGUCAAAACGCUACGGUGGUGACCGACUAAAGAUUUACUUUGCUUUCUUGUCUGUGCUACUUUACAUUUUUACCAAACUGUCUGUGGACUUGUAUGCUGGAGCUCUUUUUAUUCAGGAGUCCCUGGGGUGGAAUCUCUAUUUGUCAAUUGUUCUGCUCAUCAGUAUGACUGCUCUACUCACUGUCACUGGUGGAUUGGUGGCAGUGCUGUACACAGACGCCCUUCAGGCAGUGUUGAUGAUUAGUGGAGCCCUAACCUUAACAAUCAUGAGUCUCAUCAAAGUUGGUGGGCUAGAGGGUGUCAGAACUAAGUACAUGCAGGCAGUUCCUAAUGUUACUGCUAUAUUAGCCACUGGAAACUACACGUACUCACCUUCGUGUCGCAUUGAGCCUAAACCAGACUCACUGCGCAUCCUUCGAGGUCCCCUGGAUGAAGACAUUCCUUGGCCAGGCUUCAUUUUUGGUCAGACUCCUGCAUCUAUUUGGUACUGGUGUGCAGACCAGGUUAUUGUUCAGAGAGUACUAGCAGCAAAGAACAUUGCUCAUGCAAAGGGCUCAACACUCAUGGCUGGAUUUCUCAAAAUCCUGCCCAUGUUUGUAAUAGUCAUUCCAGGAAUGAUUUCCCGCAUCAUGUUUGCAGAUGAGAUUGCCUGCAUCGGACCAGAGCACUGCAUGGCUGUGUGUGGUUCUCAAGCCGGCUGCUCGAACAUUGCCUACCCACGUCUGGUUAUGGCAGUGAUGCCUGUGGGACUCAGGGGUCUUAUGAUGGCAGUCAUGAUAGCUGCCCUGAUGAGUGACCUCGACUCGAUCUUCAACAGUGCAAGCACCAUCUUUACCUUGGACAUCUACCAAACUAUUCGGAGGAAAGCAUCCCAACGCGAGCUACUGAUUGUGGGUCGCAUGUUUGUUGUGGUCAUGGUGGUCAUCAGCAUUGCCUGGGUCCCUGUCAUUAUUGAGAUGCAAGGUGGACAGACAUACCUCUACAUCCAGGAAGUUGCUGGCUACCUCACUCCACCAAUCGCUGCCCUUUUCCUUCUAGGUGUAUUCUGGAAGCGAUGUAAUGAGAAGGGUGCAUUUUGGGGAGGCAUGACAGGUUUUACUCUAGGUACCACACGACUGAUCCUGGCAUUUAUAUACCGCCAGCCUCGCUGUGACCAGCCUGAUAAUAGGCCCGCCUUCAUUGUUCAUAUUCACUACAUGUAUUUUGCAGCUGGGCUCUUCUGGAUUUCGGGGUUGGUGGCGGUCGUGGUCAGUUUCUGUACUUCUCCACCAGAUAAGGAGCAGGUUCGCACCACCACAGUUUGGGGACUCUGUGACAUUGAAAUGACUCCCGCCAAAGACAGAGAGGAAACAUACCGACUGACCGAGAAGAACCACUGUAAUGGUGACACAAGCCUCCGAAAAGACAUUCCUCCGGACGUAAAAAGAGAGAGGUGUGUGGAUGGGAUGGAUAUCAAACUUUUGAUCCCUUCUACGGACCGUGACCCAGCAACCCCAAGUACAGAAACAUCCCCCGCCACCACCCCUGGAGCCCAGAUGGGUGUUGGAAAGAUGGAGAUGAUCAGAGCAGAGGAAGGCAGCCACACUAAUGGGGAGACCAGCAGGUGCAUGCGUUUGCUGGACUUGGUUUGUGGCUUUAAGGAUGGAGCGCAGAGUGCGCAGCAAAAACUAGGGAAGGAGGAUGCAAGAGCCAUUGCGGAGAUGCUGUACGAGCCUCCUCGAGUUAAAAUUCUCCUCAACUUGGGCUUGCUAUCCGUCUGCUCUGUGGGCAUCUUGAUGUUUGUUUAUUUUUCACUGUAGUUAAACCCUGCACUGAAGUAACAGAGACUGGAGUGGGGAAGGUGUAUCGGUGGUGGUGUUUUGGGGCUUUUAGAAAGGGUCGAAUUUUCAGAGAUUUAUGAAGCUCUGUCUGUAAUAUUUACAGUUGUAUUUUGUAGCUCUCUAACAGGGAUCUAAGCUUAGUGUAAUCAUUUUUUUUUAAAUGAUUAAAGCUUCUCCACAUAAAAAGAAAACUGGCACUAAUGUGUCCAUUUUGUACAGCACUUAUUGUUAAUCCUGCAUUCAAAAUAUCUACUGACAUUUUUUAGAAUUGUUGUACUCUAAGUGAAUUCAAUAUUUGCCUUAUUUGACAUAUGCACUUGUCUGUCUUUUUUUCGUAUUGUGAAAAAUAAAUGUAUUCUGUGAUUUAAGCUCUCAUUUUACUCUUGUUCACAGUGACUGUAGGCUUAGUUGCUGGUGUAGCAUACAUAUGUCGAAUACUACAGAAUAUCUUGUUUAUUUUAUUUUACACUUUUACUAUGCUUGGUUGAGGGGCCAUUAUGAACUUUGAAAAACAGUUAAUGCUACGAAGCAUUGCUUCACUGCUGGUAUUGCAUAUUACAAUUAUAUUUAUUGUGAUUAUUAUCGGUUUGAUUUAGCCUACUGAAUGUGUUGCAUCUAAAUUUAUUGAAGCUUACAGUUAAUAUUUGAUGUUUAAUAUGUACAUCUUUUGCAGUACAGAGGAAAAAGAGCGACAGAGAGGUAAAAGAAGCACAAGAUUAGAAAUGUAUUAUAUUUUCCCCUCAAGAUGGAUGAAAAACAUAAUGUAAAUGGUACAUUUGGAUUGGCUGUUUACUGUGUUGUCACUGAUGACCAAAUUCCAGGCUUUACUGGAGCUGUCCUAUUUUUAUUAUAUUGCAUUUUCUAGUACUGUGUUUUGAUUGUUUGUUUUAAAUCUGUGGCUAUAUUGUGUUAAGGUUCAAAAACAACUUAUUCUUUUUUUAAUGCACUAAUAUUGUAUCAUAAAAAGCUACAAGUACCAAUCCUCACGGGUUUAUCAGUUUAUAGUUUAUGUGAAUUUCAUUUUAUGUUUGACAUUGAAAUGUCUGUCUAUUGCAUUAUGUCAACAUGUACUUCAGGGCUCAUUGCAACACCCACAACAUACAUUUCUUCUAAAGCAGGCUAUCUGUUGUGUAUCUACUGUGUGUCAAUGUAUUUCUAGUGCACUGCAGUGCUGAAAUCUCAUUAAUCUUGUUUGAAGUGCAUCUUUUAUGAGCCUCCUACCAAAUGUGUCUUAGUGUGCAAUGUUGAAGUGACAAAACAUCAAAGAACACAGAUGUUAAGAAACUGUGUAGUGAAUGCCACAUUUUAGUUGUGUUCACAAUGAAUUUUUCUGUUUUAGUUAGCAUUGGCAGGUAAUCAUAAACAGAAAUGACAUUUCAGACGUUUGCUGACAUGGCAACACUUCACUGGGUGAGUGUACUUGUGACAUUAUCAAGAGUAUUUCAGCCAGGGUGCUCGAAAAUUGUUGGCAUUCUGGUGGUAAUUUUUAUUCUUGCUCAUCCCCAGAAUAAAAAUAAAUAAAUAUAAAGUACUGUGUUUAUAUGAUUUUGACACCAAUGUUGAAUGACCUCAGUCCAAAACGGCUUGAAAGAUGCAUAACAUGGAGGAUUGUUAAGAGAUGGUUGCUGUAUGAUUAUGUGAAAGAGCUUUAAAAACCCUUUCUUUCUUUCUGAGAGAUUAUACAUUGUUAUUUUUAUGGAUUUUAUUUUUAGAGAUUGAAAAUAAAGUUUCCC